AUGUGUGGGAGCCCAGGCUCCUUCCAGCCCCUACCCCCCAGCUCAGGUUCCCCUCAGCCCCAACCCCCCAGCCCAGGCUCCCCUCAGCCCCAACCCCCCAGCCCAGGCUCCCCUCAGAGCCAAUCCAAGGGAAUGUGUGGGAGCCCAGGCUCCUUCCAGCCCCUACCCCCCAGCUCAGGUUCCCCUCAGCCCCAACCCAGGUUCCCCUCAGCCCCAACCCCCCAGCCCAGGUUCCCCUCAGCCCCAACCCCCCAGCCCAGGCUCCCCUCAGAGCCAAUCCAAGGGAAUGUGUGGGAGCCCAGGCUCCUUCCAGCCCCUACCCCUAGCUCAGGUUCCCCUCAGCCCCCCCAGCCCAGGUUCCCCUCAGCCCCAACCCCCCAGCCCAGGCUCCCCUCAGAGCCAAUCCAAGGGAAUCCCAGGCUCCCCCACUCCAACCCCGUAGCCCAGGCUCCCCCCUACCCCAACCCCCCAGCCCAGGCUCCCCCCUACCCCAACCCCCCAGCCCAGGCUCCCCCCUACCCCAACCCCCCAGCCCAGGCUCCCCCCAGCUCAGGUUCCCCUCAGCCCCAACCCAGGUUCCCCUCAGCCCCAACCCCCCAGCCCAGGUUCCCCUCAGCCCCAACCCCCCAGCCCAGGCUCCCCUCAGAGCCAAUCCAAGGGAAUGUGUGGGAGCCCAGGCUCCUUCCAGCCCCUACCCCUAGCUCAGGUUCCCCUCAGCCCCCCCAGCCCAGGUUCCCCUCAGCCCCAACCCCCCAGCCCAGGCUCCCCUCAGAGCCAAUCCAAGGGAAUCCCAGGCUCCCCCACUCCAACCCCGUAGCCCAGGCUCCCCCCUACCCCAACCCCCCAGCCCAGGCUCCCCCCUACCCCAACCCCCCAGCCCAGGCUCCCCCCUACCCCAACCCCCCAGCCCAGGCUCCCCCCUACCCCAACCCCCCAGCCCAGGCUCCCCCCUACCCCAAACCCCAGCCCAGGCUCCCCCCUACCCUAACCCCCCAGCCCAGGCUCCCCCCUACCCUAACCCCCCAGCCCAGGCUCCCCCCUACCCCAAACCCCAGCCCAGGCUCCCCCCUACCCCAACCCCCCAGCCCAGGCUCCCCCCUACCCCAACCCCCCAGCCCAGCCCAGGCUCCCCCCUACCCUAACCCCACAGCCCAGGCUCCCCCCUACCCCAACUCCCCAGCCCAGGCUCCCCCCUACCCCAACCCCCCAGCCCAGGCUCCCCCCUACCCCAACCCCCCAGCCCAGGCUCCCCCCUACCCCAACCCCCCAGCCCAGGCUCCCCCCUACCCUAACCCCACAGCCCAGGCUCCCCACUACACCAAUUCCCUCCAAUCCUCGGCUCCAGCUCCGACCCCUCACCCCCAGCUCUCAUCUACUCCCACCCCCUUCUCCCUCCAGGGUCAUAGGGACACCAUCUCAUUAAAGGCUGCCUGA